GAAGGGAGACCAAGGGGAGAGCAAACCACGUGGGUGACGCUCGCCCUGGGUCUGGUUACUCUGAGCAGGGUGGGAGCUAGGGGGAGAGGGAGGGAGGCACUGAGGCAGGGGAGGGACUCGAGGGAGGUUCAUCUAGUCCCGUCCCUGCCCAACACAUCGAGGUGUAGAGCCACUGAGCAUUGGCACUUGACAGCAUCAGUAGCCCGGGCGCCACCGUCAAGAGAAGACCUAUCCUGUGGUGCUGGGUUCUUGUCUUGCCCACAUACUCUCACCCACGUUUUCCGGAGGUUGUCUGCGGUCUAGUUUUCCGUCGCCGUCUCCUCGUCAGCGAAGGACUUGCCCUCACCUCGUCUCCUUCCCAUCAGCAGCAUGGUGUCCAAGGGCGGUCUUGUGUACGCGUGCUUCCUGCUCCUCGGCCUGGGCACGCUGCUGCCAUGGAACUUCUUCAUCACGGCACAGUCGUACUGGGACUUCAAGUUUGAAAAUAAAACAAAUCCCAAUGCAACACGGACAGAGUUGCAACAGUUGUAUACUCCCAUGCAAGUCUGCUUCUCUCAGAUACCCAACUUUAUAUUCUUAUUUAUUAAUGCACUCUUCAGUCACAAGCUGCCUCAGCGGUUGCGACUCCUGGUGUCCAUGAUUCUCAUGAUUGUGUUCUUCACCCUCACCACCGCCUUCACGCAGAUCAGCACAGAUGGCUGGCAAACAGGUUUCUUCGCCUUGACCAUGAUCAUCAUCAUCCUUAUCAACAGUUCUGGUGCCAUAUUCCAAGGAGGUUUGUUUGGCGUGGCCGGGAUGUUCCCUGAGAAGUACAUGACUGCUGUUGUGUCAGGCCAGGCUCUAGGAGGUGUCUUUGCGUCAGGCGCCCGCAUUGUGUCCCUCUCAGUGGGGGCACAGGAUGCCAUCUCUGCAUUCAUUUAUUUCAGUAUUGCUGUGGUGGUCAUGAUCUUCACAUUGUUGGCAUACCUUUAUAUGUCAAGGACAGAUUUCUACAAGCAUUACACUAACUGCCAAAAUCCUGAGAAAGGGAAGCUGACUGAUGCUCCUCCACCUGAGAGGACAUUCAAGGAUCAGGUCAAGAUUUUUAAAGAUAUCUGGCCCUUGGGAAUGUCUGUGUGGGGAGUGUUUGCUGUCACUCUUGGUGCCUUUCCAGCCCUCUGUGUCAAGAUUAUUUCCUCAGUAGAGAAUGAAACUUGGUCUGAUAUAUACUUCCAACCAGUUGUUACAUUCCUCUUGUUUAAUAUUGGGGACUACAUUGGACGUCAGUCUGCAGGGUUCAUCAUGUGGCCUCGUCGGGGUUCCAAGAUCCUUUAUGUAAUGGUGGUAUUGCGAGUUGUAUUCAUUCCUAUCUUCUUAUUGUGCAACCACAACCCUGACUCGCGCAUCCCAAUUUGGUUUGCUCAUGACUCGUGGUAUGUCCUCUUCAUGCUCCUCUUCUCCCUCUCCAAUGGCUACUGCUCAUCACUGUGCAUGAUGUAUGGCCCAAAGAUGGUGACAGAGGACAAGGCUGAAGUGGCGAGCAGCAUGAUGGCAGCCACGCUAGGACUCGGCCUGCUGACAGGAGGCCUCUCGUCCUUUGCUUUUGCUCUCAUUAGCUAAGGAUUCAACUCUUGAUAGGUGCAGGACAGUCUUGGGUUCUAGACUGAUGAAAUCAGUCACUGUCAGUUCUACAUUGAUUUAAGUAUUUGACAGCUUUGUCAGUGAAUAGUAAGCUAAAAGGGGCUCUUUCUAUUUAUGUAUAUAAAGUUAUUUUUAUACUUUCAGAAUUAAAAUGAAACCCUACCUCCAUUUAAUCAUGUUUUUUAUAUUUUUUGUGGGAACAAACUACUUAUUUAUUUAUGUAUUUAUAAUCAUGAAUUAUAGUGGGGUAUGCUAGAACAAAUGUAAUUGGUUCUAAAACAUUGUUCAUUAUAACAUUUGUUCAUUCUAUCAUACACUGAAAUACAUGUAUUUAUGGGUAAUCCGUUCCAGGGCCACUGCCAAAACCAAAGUUACCACUCAACACUACGCUGAUGCAUGACAGGCUCAAGACCUCCCACAGCUGAUAUUUCUCUGUGUUCGUUGUAGCAUUUUUAUUUGUUGUAGCAUCAUAAUUUCAUCAAUGAAAUAUGUUCGCCAUAGCAUAUUUUUUAGCAACAUUCAUUCGUUGUAGCAUAUCCCACUGUAUUUGUAUUUCAUAAAGAUUACAAAACAAUGAAUAUAUGCAUUUUUGCAUAAUAUUCGUGCUUGGAAAAUUGUGUACUCAUUAUAUUGACGCGCAUUUCUAAUUCACGAGAUAAAUAGGCGGACUAAGCAAUGUAUGUGUGUAUGUCUUAAGUUAUGAUGUUAGUUCACAGGUUUGUUCCUUGUGAAGAGCUUUGAUAAAAUCUAUCAACUACAGACAUAUUUUUAUUCAGAUUUUAUCAUCAUCAUCAUAUUCAUCACCAUCACAUAUCUCAUGCAAAGCAAGGAAAUAGGAGGGAGGAGGAAAUCAAACAAAUCUCAUAGUGACAUGAACUGUUCACAUACAUGUGACACUAAACUUUCUCCUUAUAUAUAUUUUCAUUAUGUAUGCCUGAAAUGGCAUUCAUAAUAAUCUUUAUACUUUUUUUUUAUCAGUGGCCUUGACUAAGAGAUCCUGAAACAAAGUGGCUUCCAGAGCUCAGUGUUUCCUUGUUGCUUUCAUCACAUUGCUGUCAUUAGUUUAUGUUUAAUGUUAUAGUAUGAAUAGUUACAAUCUGCACAGCUGUAAAUCUGUUAUGUAUUUUCAGACAAGGUCUAUGUUUUUAAAGUGUUUCUUUAAUGAAGGCAGUAUUUUGCAUUCUUUGUAAACUCCUAUAAAAGCCUGGUUGUGUCUUCUAAAGAAGAAUGCGUUUUAUUGAAAUCUUAAUAAUGGCAAACAUUUAGGUGUCUUUUGACAGCGAUGAGCUGUUACAAAUCUUUGUUUUCCGGUGAUUUGGCAUCAAGCAAAAGAUUAUGUAUAUCUUAAUGUACCUAGGCCAGUCCUUCAAAUUAGACCAAAUUUCAAAGUAAGACUAAGACUGUAAUGUAUUUGUUACUAAAUAAAUUCAUAUUAUUUAUA